UUGUUCCUACUAUCUGAUUUGUAGACAUUUUUUUGUGUAAAGCAUCAUAAUUACAUUCCUCAUUAAUUUGAUAUACCUCAUUUACUACAAUUUUUAUCACUUCUAUCCAUCUUACCAUGAUUCCUUUUUUUGCAAAUGAAUUGAAAUCUAAACAAUUUCACUUAGUUUCCCUUAUUUUCAAAGUUUAAAAAAAAUCAUUGCCAUGAAAUUUAUUUUAGUAAACCUACUAAUAAUAAUACCUCUAAUUGUAUAUUCUCAGGAUUCGCAAAAUGAAUCUUCAGAACAAAGUAAUUUAGAAGAAUCAAAUGAAGAGGCUGAUAUUCCUACUAUUGCCACUGAAACAACCAAUACAAAUCUGAAUACAGACAAUGAAGAACAAGAAAAAGAACCUACAACACCAGAAUCCAUGUCAGAAACAACAAUAAAUGAUUUAACGACUGUAGAAAAUAUAGAAACAACCACAGAAUUCGAAACUACAACUUCCAUGUAUCCGUGUGGUGAAAAUGAACAAUACGAUUGCCUACCUCUUUGUAUCAGGACCUGUCACAAUGUUUUAUCUAAAAUUGUAUGUGCCCCUGCACCGAUGAGGAUAGGUCCUUGGUGUAAAGAGGGCUGUCAUUGUAAAGACGGCUUUAUUAAAGACAAAACCGAUGGUAAAUGUGUGAAGGAAUGUCCUUUUAGGAAACCCUCAACUGUUGAAGUUAAUGUCAAUGUUAAAAGUUGGAUAAAACAGUUUUUAUUUCUUGAACCCAUCUAA